AUGAAUGACGGUGCUUUAGCAGUGGAGGACGCCGGCGAGAAGGUCGCCGUGUUAACUGUGAGCGACGAACUCUCGGAACACGAUGGACCGAUUCCCGAUUACGGUGAGGUCUCUGAGAUUGGUCAUUUCUCCGUCAAGGAUGACGAAUACGUCGACAGUGCAGUGCUCAGGCGAUACCUGCGAGUGCCAUUUCCUGAGAGUCGCAAGUGGAACUUGAACAAGGGAUACGGAAAUGCGUUGCCUAGAAUGUUUGAUUCGGGCAGUAGUUCUCACCUACUCCACUGGGUUCGUCUCCACAAAGACAAACUUGUGUCACCGCCAUCACCAGAUCUGGAGCGACCUUCGACUUCAUUGGAAGACCGAAGCUCACGCACGGUGUUCCUCUGCGGUCGGUUCGUGCUGAAAACUCUCAUGUGCACACCGUUCUUCGAAAAGCAAGCCUGGCUGCUGGGGGCGUGCCGAUACCGAGACUUCCUGUUCAUCUACCACUUGGAUGCGGAGCCCGAAGGGGCCGACUCCUCCGAAGGCAGGCCUGACUGGCGGCGUGAUCGCGUGCGUUAUUGGGGUGCGAAGUUUGCUCGCAUCAUGACUUCAACGGCUCGAACCGGCGACUUCGUGCCUCGCGCUCCUGUGACGCGGUUCCAUUUACAGAGUGGCAUGGCCAAGCAGACGACGCCCGAGCCUAGAAAAUGA